CAGAAGCAGAAACAUGGGUAGUAGCCACCGGACGCAACAGGACCAUUCCAACAGCGCUCGAUCGGGUCGGAUGGUACGGUCAGUGGUUCGUCUUCAACGGCCAGAACGACAUCGGUCGCCGGUGGAGCAGCGUGUGUUGUGUUUUAAGAGUGAAGUUUUGCGUGUGUGCGUGUAUGCAAAGUGCAUGGUAGAAGCGGAACGGAUCCGUAGGAGAAAGAAUCGUCGCCAUCAACAACGGUUGCUACGAUCGGCACCUGUCGUCGUCCAACGCUGUGGCUGCUGCGAGCAAGAACCCAUCAUAACGGUGAUUGAGUGCCAGAAGAAGGGGAGGCGUUGUUGCAGUCGAGGGUGAAGGGAAUGGUGAGCCCUUCAUUCCCGGUGCCGGUAGCAAAGGUCAAACCGUUCAAGUGGGCCAGCAGGCCAAACGUGGUGAGCAGCGUGGCAAAGUGUGUGCGCCCGGAAAGUGGAGAUUAGCGUUCCCAAAACAACAGCAAAAGAAAACGAUAAAAGAAGUGUUACAAUUUUCUUUGUCCCUCCAUCUCUCUCUCUGUCUCGCGCUCUGUUCACGCGCCGUCCGGCCGUUUUGCAUUUAAAUGAGAUGCAAAUUUGCGCGACGAUAAUGCGAUUAGUUGUGAUUUUAAGCGUUUUAGUACAAAUUUAUGCGAACACCGGCAGUGCACCCUGGACGCGCCAUGGGCUGCUAGUGGCUGGACCGAAUCCUGCCACCACCGUCGGUCGCUCGAUUGGUCCGGUGGUUGGACAGGAGCGUGUGAGUGGACCGGCCGAAGAUAAACGUCCGGAACGGAACAUUUAUCGAACGAAGCUGUCCAAGCUGCGGUUGAUUCUGUUGGCGGACAUGCUGAAUGAAAUUCCACCGCCGCCGCUGGAAUUAAUUACUUGCCUGGCGAACUCGUCGUCGCUGAACGUGACCACCAAGCACUGUGACUGUGAGGCUUACUCGUGCAAGGAUCUGCUCGCCAGCUCCAGCCCAUCGCCGCUCAACUACAUCCAACCGAAGAGGAAAAUCCACACCUCCUGUCGGGACCAUUGCUGUCGGAAGAAGAAGUUCAACCGCUCGAUCGAUCCGGCAGCGCUGGAGAAUGUGGUCACAUCGUCACUUGGUGCAUCGCCAAGGCGCUACAAUACCGUCCCGAGCUCGUCAACCGUUCAUCGGUCACCGAUGGGAUCGCUGUCAUUAGCUGCGAGCAGUCCCACUGGCAAAGGGACGCAACCGUCGGUAAUGCCGGCGUUUCGGUUGCGAACAACUACCGGUUUACCUUCGCCCGCCAGCGUCCGUGACCAUCGUGACCGAUCGGCAGCACCAGCACCAGCAGAAUCAGCAGCAGGAGAAACAGCAAGAGUCUGCGCUAGUGAUGGAAUCGAUCAAAUUUCAAUUGCCAACAAUCGAGUAAGGACGGUGCCGUGGCUGUACCGGGUCGGUUUAAUUGAAACGAAGCAUCCCGUCUGCGUUGGCGCUUUAAUCCAUCCGAGUUUAAUAUUAACAACUGCAGUGUGCGUUAUAAACAAGAAACCGGAAGAACUGGUCGUCUGGAGUGGUCCGGAGCGGCCGGUGGAUGCGGACGAGCGGGACGAGCGGCCAGUCGGCAGGAUAAUGCUGCCGGAACAAUUCGCCACCACUUUCGAGCGGCUCGAGAACAAUGUUGCAUUGUUGCUGCUGGUGCACCGUCCACCGCCGUCAUCCGACCGACCGAUCGGCCGAAGCUCUCCACCAGGUGGUGGUGGUGGUGGGCUCCGUGCAUGGCCGGUUAGUGUGCGGGUCGUCGACAGUGGGGCGGAUCGAAGCCUUGCCCGGACGGUGGAACUUUUCCCCGGGCAGCGGAAACGGACACCGACGUCUAUUUGCUUAUCAUCAAUUAUAGACCGUACGCCGGAUACGCCCGAAAGCUCCUGCUAUGCCGUCUCCUUCCGGAAGACGAAUCUAUCACACGCCCGCACCGGAGCAGCGGCACCGCAACCAACGGCAACCGGCAGCAGCAGCAGCAGCAGCAGCACGGACACUGGCGCGAACAACUUGCUGCCGAACGAUGGCACUAAUUACGUUACGACAAAUAUUAGCAUUUUUCCGGCCACCGAGUGUCGACCGGAGCAUCGGGAGUAUCUGCAACACGGUGGCAAUCUGUGCGCUGGCUACGGUGCGGCCAAAAACCGUAGCAUAGAUGUGGACUUCAGUGGAUCACCGUUGAUUUGCGAUCAACUGCAAGCAGACGGUAAAAUCCGUCGCACCGUACAGGGCCUCCUGACCUGGUCCACCGACAUCAAUCAUGCGCCCCAUCUGUUCACCAACUUAACCACCUACCGGCCGUGGAUCGAUCGAGAAAUUGAAAAGCUGGACAGUGAAACCCGAUCACAAACCCGGUUCCAGCCCGACCCGCACCCAACAGUCCGGAGCGUUGUUUAUGGAUAAAGCACAGCAACAGUCGGAAAAUCGUACGGGGCCACAUCACCUCCCCCCCGUUCGUUUUAUAGUGAUCGAUAUCCGGGUGGUUCGAUAUUUGUAGCCAUCGCUGAAGAGUCGCGCAAUAAAAUUGCACAAAUUUGCGUAAGAAUGAA